CUUCAUGACGAACCUUCACAACCUCCAGGCACGCAGUAACAUUUGGGGGGUUAAGGUAUGAAGGUGGACCGGUGUGACAGGCCGACGGUUUUCACAAAAUGAUGAGUUUGAGGACAUUCCAUGGUGUUCUGAUGGACAGACGUAACAUAGUGAUGAGCAGGACCGUGUCCCUGGUCGCCUUCUUGGUCUGCGCGGUGUUCCCCACAGUGUUGUCUGAGGUCUGUGAGGAAUAUGAGAGGACAUCAAAUGGCCACACUACGUUGGUGGACAGUUUCUCCUGUCCCACGAACUCCGACCAAGAUAAAGACUCCUACUGCUGCAUGGCGGGAACUCUAAAAUACUGCUGUGAUGACUGCACACAGUCCCUGACUCUGUCAUGCGCCGCUGGGAGCAGCGCUGUCAAUCUUAGUAUGGGCGCCAUCGUCGGUAUCGCCGUGUCUGCUGUGGUGUGUGUGGUUCUGCUGGCCGCCAUCAUCGCUCUGUGCUGUUCCUUCUGCUGUGAGAAGAAACUCCGCAGCAGUCAGAUCUCCGUACAGCCUGCUGCAUACCCACAGCCGUACCACGGACAGGGGAUGUACCCGAUGGAACCCCUCCAGCCACCUCCCUACGUACCAGCCGAGAGUCCACCUCCAUACACGCCACAGGGAACAGCCACACAACAGAACACCACGUCCUUCACACAAGCUGAAGCGGGACCCGACCGGCAGGGCCCGCCAGGUGCAGCGCUACCAGCUCGGCAGGCCCCACCGCCUGGCCCGCCACCACAGUACGUUUCAGUCCGUCAGCGGCAGGCCACAGGGUCUGAGUUACCGCCGUACGACCUCACUCAAGUCGGAUAGGACUAUAUGUGCACAGAUUACUUACAACACCAUUCUUAAAAAUAUAUAUACUAGUAUCUAACUUUAUACAAAAUGAACAUUGAUAUUAUCUGACACUCAGUAUCUUUGAUAUACUGUAUUCGACAUACCGCUGAAAUUUGUGUCAAUAUGGGAGAACUUUUUAUAGCUCGCAAUGUAAAUACUACAAAUGUCAAAGUUGGUCGUUGCCUUUCCGACCAAGUAAACGAAUGAUCACUGCUGUUUUGUCUAUUGUGCUGUGUGUUUUACCUUGCUCUUACUGCAAAUAAAAUGUGUCUCCACUCAUUCUACUGGGUGAUAUUAAA